AUGUCGGCAUUUGAGAUCAAGCUCCGAGCUCCAAGUGGUGACUUUAGGUUCAGGGCUUUUGAAGCUAUUCAGAAAUUUGGAGCUGCACGACCACCUGCAAUUGUGCUGCUUCUCUUCGUAUUCUUGCCUUUGGAGCUGUACCUGCCUUGCGUCUUGCGCCCUGCAGCACAGUACCUUCAACAGCAACGCAGAGAGGCCAUGCGCCAUAAUACUAUCUUGCACCAGAUGGGACAACACAGAUACAAAUCGGCCGGCAGACCUUUCUGGAAAGCUUCAAGGCUGCUCUUCAAAGAGUAUCCAUAUUCUGUGUCCGCUGCUGUAUUUUUUAUUCUCAUGGGCGCCGGAUCUCUCCUGUACACAAACUAUUACUACCAUAGCUACAUCAUCGGGGCCUUCCUGAAAUACCCGGAGCCGGUGGCCAAACAACUCCGCAAAGCCCUUUACUACACCAACAUGUCACUCGAGCCCAGAAACGCCAUGAAGUACUACCGUGAAGCCCUGCGCGUCGCAGAUGAGAUGAACGUCGACUCCUUCUCGGACGAGAUCAUGGGCAUCAAGUUCCAUAUAGUCGCCUUGCUGGAGCGGGUGCAGCACUAUCAGAAGGCCAUCGACGUGCUGGAGAUCGUCAAGGCGGACAAUCUGAAGUGGAUUGAGAUUUUGGGAAACAAAGAGGGGAAUCAGGGAAAGCGGAAUCGGAUCCUGGGAAAGACGGUGAGUAUUAGCGUUAAGCUGGGGGAGCUGUACGCGAAUCAGUAUGUGCUGGAGAGGGAGAAGGCGGAGGAGCAGCUGGUGUGGGCCGUGGAGACCCUGUUGAAGGAGCAGCAGAGGAGGGAAAGGGAAGGAGUUAAGGAGGGGGAGGGGGAAUGGUUGAGUGCGGAGGAGAUUGGGGGCACCUUUGAAUCGCUGGGUCAUCACUAUGAGGAGAUGAACCAUCAUUACCUCGCUGCGCCGCUAUUCUUGCAAGCGCUGAUGCGGAGUCCGCCGAGGAGCUGCCAUACCGCUGUGUUGAUGAACAACCUCUCCAUAUCCCUCGCCCAACAACUACCUCCCUCUACACCCGAUUCGAUACCAAUAACCCGAACGCAACUAAUAAGCAACGCCCGAGCCUGGGCUGAAAAGGCCAUAGCCCUAACCUCUAAAAUCACACCUCCAGAACGCACCGAAGAAUGCGAUGUCGGCUGUGCGGUCGCAACACACAACCUAGGAGAAUUCGCCGAGAUGGAUGGGAAUGUGGAGGAGGCGAGGAGGAGGUUCGAGGAGGCGAAGGUGUUGGCUCGGGCUGUGGGGUUUCGGGAGGGGGUGGCGAAUGCUGAGAAGGGUUUGAAGAGGAUAAAGAAGAAGGCGUGA